UACCAGGCACAAGAGCUGAGUUUUCUCUCUCUCUCUCAUUCAUUCUCAUUCUAGCUUUCUGCAUGGCUCUCCCACUCAUUGGCUCUAAUUUGUAACUAAAUUAUUUCCUGCUUCACCACCCCUAUGUCUAUCUGCUUGUGAUCCCUAACUAACAGAGGAUGGAAGAACACCAGGAACCUCUCAAAGCCUCCUCAGAUGUUCUACUCAGUGAUACCUUCACACUGGUUCCCAGUCAGGGCUUGCUCCUUUCUCUCCAACUUACUAAGACUGAGCUGCAGGUGCAUAGCCAGCCCAGUGGACAUCAUGCACCAACCAGCACUCGGCUGUUCCUGACUGACUGCAUAGGUUGUCGCUCCUUCAGGGGUAAAGACCCAACUGACAUUGGAGGCUACUUUACAGUUGUGUUUUACCCUCUCACGAUGGGUAAAGGGUCAACAGCAUAUCGCCAGCGACUUUCCAGGACCUUCCGUGCGGGAAGUUUCCAGGGCAGAGAUCAAAACAUGCAGGUGGCUAGGACCUGGGUGCAGACCAUACAGCAACUAGCAGACCAGCAAGGAGAGCCAUAUUUUCUACCUACCUCACCACACUUUCUGGUGUUGGUAAAUCCCCACGGCGGAACUGGUAAAGCGCUAGAACUGUUCCAGAAACACGUGGUUCCUAUUCUAAUGGAGGGUGAUGUACACUUCACCUUGCUGGUAACAGAAAGGCCCAAUCAGGCACGCGAAUUGGUACGUGACCAGGACCUGUCCAGGUGGGACGCCAUUGUUGUGAUGUCAGGUGAUGGGCUCAUUUUCGAGGUCGUUAAUGGGUUAAUGGAGCGGCCGGACUGGAUGCUUGCUAUUAAAAAGCCACUUGCAAUUCUCCCAGGAGGAUCGGGGAAUGCCUUAGCUGCCUCUGUAAAUCACUAUUCUGGGCAACAGCAGGUGAUGGGCACCAAACUGCUGAUUAAUUGUUCUUUUGUGCUGUGCAAAGGUCGACCUCAACCCCUGGACAUUGUCUCGUUGACCACCCUCUCUGAAAAGCGCAUAUAUUCCUUCCUUAGCUUGGCAUGGGGUUUUAUAUCUGAUGUGGACAUUGAGAGUGAGAAGUACCGAUUCAUGGGUUCCAUACGUUUCUCAUUUGGAACCUUGGUGAGGCUAACUGCGCUUCGUACAUACCGAGGACGUCUUUCCUAUGUGAAAGAUAGUAGUUUGUCGAAAACCAAAGACUUAGACACAAUCACUAACAAUCCCAGCUCUGAUAGCAAAUGCCCAGUAAUACAGACUGAUGGAGUGGUGAAAGAGGAGCUGGAAGAUGCAUUGCUUGUACCAUUGGGUCAGCCUGUUCCAAGUCACUGGACUGUAGUUCAGGAAGAUGAAUUUGUCCUAGUCCUGGCCCUUUACCAGUCUCACCUUGGUGCUGACCUUUACACUGCUCCUAUGGUGCAAAAUUUAGGAGAAGGCAACAUACAUCUCUUCUAUGCCACUUCCAGAAUCUCUCGGGGGUCUCUACUCAAACUGUUUCUUUCUAUGGAGAAAGGCACACAUAUGGAUACUGAAAUUGCACAUUUAGUACAUGUUCCCGUCAAAGCCUUCCGCAUAGAACCAUUCCAAAACACGGGAAUAAUGACUGUGGACGGAGAGGUCAUACCAUGUGAACCUAUUCAAGGACAAAUACACAGAGGCCUUGGUUGUUGCAUUUCAGCCCCAAGUAAAACAUGAUAUCCUUGGUUUAGACAUCAGCUCACUACAACCAGGGCACUGGCACCCUUCCCCCCUCCCCCAGUGUAACUAUUCCAACCUUUUGUUAACACCUUGAGAAUUUACCUUGGAUCUACUGGGUACCAAUUUUCUCCUCCAUUGCCACUGGGAGCUGGAAGCUUUCUUCAUUGAGUUAAGCCCGAAAGUACAGAGCUCAGUUGAUUGGCUGAGCACAAUCCGGUGAUGCUCUCAGCCAAUGAUCUGGCUCAGCACAACAGGGUUUCACCCAGGAGAGCUAUUGAAAGCUCCAUGAAGUCUUCAGUGGUGGAUGUGACUGGUGACCAGUGCUUGGUGGACUUGUCAGCAAACACUUUGCCUGAUUGCAUUGCAGGUGACAGGGCACUUCUGCCACCAUAAUUACUACAGCAUUCAGCAGUGGCUAUGGUUCUUGGAGUGUUCCUUUACUCAGGUGGACUCCAAGAUUCAGAACAUAGACACGUUUCUUUCAAGGGCAUUUGGGUACUACAAUAGUUUGACCUAGAAAGCCUGAUGUUUACGUAGUUAUGGAUUUCCAAACCACUCACAAAUCUAUGUUUAGCAUUUUAUCCCUUAACUGCAACGCCCAAAAUAGUCUACAGAUCGAUAAGAAGCAAUUAUAUGAUGAUGAUGACUCACAAUAACCUGUAGUAGGCUGUCAACAAAGUGAAACUAUAAUUAUAAUUUUCAAAGUA